UAAUAUUCUUUUAGUGUCUUGGCAUUCCAGCAGCCCAAUGCUAAAAAGCAGCGGCGCAUAUCAGAGAAUGCAGCAAAGUUGGCGGCCAUGGGAGUGUUGCCACGAAGAGAAAAGCUUCUUCAACUCCGAAGGGCUGCAGCCGCCUCUGGGGUGUCAGUUAAAGAACAUCCAGUGGCCAAUAAUAAUCCAGAUAGAGCAUUUUAUGACCUGUGGAGUGCAGGCACACCAGAGACGGCUGAUCCCUACUAUCUUGAACAGACUAAGAAAAAGCUUGUCAAGAGACCAGAUAGACUGAAUGAGAAACCUUCCGUUCUUCCUGCGAUUGAAGUCAUCGCUCCUGGAGGUUCAUACAACCCAGACUUCUUUUCUCACCAGGAGCUGCUUCGUGAGGCCCAUGAGGUAGAGGUCAAGAAGCAGAAAGCAGAGGAAAGGUUGGCACGUCAACUGGCUGUGAAUGAGGAUAAGGCCACUGAGGAGAGCACCUUUAAAGAGCAGGUGGAGGGGUUGAUUGAGGAAGAGGAGAUUGAACCAAAGGAGCCAGAAGGGGACACCGAAGACACAGUCAUUGGGCCAACUGCAACACAGGAAAAGAAAACUGAGAAACAGAGGAAAAAGGAGAAAGCUAAAAGGAUUAAGGAUUUGCAGAGGAAGGCGGAGCGUCAGGUGAUUGAUAAGCAGCAGCAGUUGUUCCAAUUGCGAUCUAUCCAUACCAGCGUGAAGAAGCAGGAACAGAGGACCAAGAUGAGGCAGGCUCAACGCAAGGCCCAACAAGAGGCACAGAAAAGCAUGCCUCGCCGACUGAGCAGACUCAAGUUCCAGACACCUGAUCUAGAUGUUCAGCUUAGCGAUGAGCUUGCCAGCUCUCUUCGCAGUCUAAAGCCAGAGGGCAGCAUCCUAAAAGAUAGAUUUAAGAGCUUACAGAAGAGAAACAUUAUCGAGCCCAGAGAAAGAGCCAGGUUUAAGAGGAAGUACAAGUUGAAGUACUCAGAGAAGAGGGCCUUCAGAGAGAUUGAGUGAUGCACAGUGUUGUUUUUCCUUUC